GGGUGCCUAUACUGAAUGGGAGGGAGGAGGAGCCAAGCGGCCACUGGGCCCAAAAGGCAGUGGGAAGGGAAAGGAAAGAUAAAACUUAUUCAAGGUGGGGCUGCUGCAGCCGAGCGGGAACCGUCUUUGGUCAUCCCUCUUCCUGUCUCGGUGACUUACAGUAGUACACUGGUCCGACUCCGUCGUCGGCCGACUCCGGACUCACUCGACUGUUCAACGGCUCGGCUCAUUGACUCGACAGGUCCCGUUGCGCUAACAUCUAUCUUGGGUCGAUUAAGAGUGAUGAUGUGCCUUCACAUCUUAGCAUCUUUCCUGGCCAUCGCCAUCUCAGGAGGCAUUGUCUACCGAAGGAGAAGCGGAAGAUGCACUAGCAAGAAGCUUCUUCACAAUGAGACUGUCAUCAUCACAGGGGCAUCAGCAGGGAUCGGGAAGGCGACAGCCCACGACCUGGCCAGAAGAGGCGCUCGGGUGAUCAUGGCUUGCAGGAACCUGAUCAAAGCUCAGCGAGUUGCUGAUAUCAUAAAGUCAGAGACGGGUAAUCCUCAGGUGAUCGUGGAAGAAUUAGACCUAUCUGAUCUAGAAUCUGUCCGGCGUUUUGCAGAAAACAUCAAGAAGAAAGAAAAGUCACUUAAGGUGUUGAUCAACAACGCUGGAGCAGGUGUCAGCACAAGGCAGAUGUCGCCUCAGAAUCUGGAAUUGACGAUGGCAACCAAUCAUUACGGCCACUUCCUACUGACUAACCUACUCUUGGAUCUUCUGAAGGCCAGUGCCCCAAGUCGUAUUGUGACAGUCUCCUCGAAGCUGCACGGUGUCGCAAAGGAGAUGGACGUUGACAAUCUCAAUUUCACAAACGCCAAAGAGUACUCUCUCCUGGCUGCUUAUGCCCAGUCCAAACUCUGUAACAUUCUCUUUACGAAGGAACUUUCCCGAAGACUUGAGGGAACAGGUGUAACUGCUAACUGUCUGCAUCCUGGAGUGGUGGCAACCGAGGGGUUCCACAAGGUAGGCACUUUGAGAGGAUACAUUUACAGCGCACUAGCACAAGUUGUUGGGAAGGAUUGUUUGACAGGAGCUCAGACAACCAUCUAUUUGGCGGUAUCAGAUGAAGUGAAAGACUCAUCGGGGAAAUACUUCGUGGAUUGCCAGCAGGAAUCCACGUGUUACCAACAAGCAGAGAACGAGGAUCUGGCCAGAAGGCUCUGGGACGUCAGCGAGAGAGACGUCAGUUUGGAGGCGAGAGAGAAAUUCUGCUGAAUUCUCCCUCUGUGCUUAGAGAGAAUUCAAACCUUCCUGGUGUGCCAAAGUUUCCCCUCAAGUCUUCGCUCACUAUAUCGCUUAACUUAAUUGUUAUCUAAAUAUGUGUUAUAUUAUUGAAGAAUUAACGAUUAUUUUGUUUGCUACCUACAUGUCUUAUAUUAUUGAAUAAACGAUUAUUUUUUAAGAAUAAAAAUCUCAAUUUCG